GAAAAACAAUAAUAACUACUGUAGUCAUACUGCAUACACACAAGACAAAAAGUUAAUGCGAUUAAACGCAACGUCAAAAAUAAAUUUGUGCCGUUAUCGUCUGUUGUGCGUCCGAAGGCUUUUGUUCGACUUUUAGAAAAAUUGCAUAAUACCAUGUUCUGAUCGGUAUGGAACGACAGAGGCCUAGGAAUCGCGCACCGUCCAAAGUUAAACGGUCGACCAAGGUAAAAGUCGAACAACCCGAACCGGUCGACGACGACUUGCUGACGACAUCGGUGGACGACGUGGCCAACGCUUUGUACGAGGCCUUCAACGACAUCUGCGAGAGCAAUGAUCGCGUUGCCGAAGAAACGGACGGCGUCGUCGUGGAUAGAUCCUGCCAGGGCGGCGAUGAUCAGAUCUCUGUGGAUCGACAACCGCCCGUUGCUCUUGGCUCCUCGGCCGACCGCGGGUCCAUCGUGUUGCCUUCGUCCAUACCCUGUUCGGUGGGCUCGCUGCCCACGCCCUGUGCGCCGGCCCUCGACGAUUUCCGGUCAAGGUCUGCCGGACCCAGUGGGGAGGUUCCGAAUUUCGAACCGCUGGACCCGUUAACCGACGAACAGCUGGCCGCCUACUACCGGAACUCGCUGUUGUCCGACCUGCACGGCUACACCGAAGACUUUAACCGCGCCGAAUUAAACAACUUACACGCUUGCGUGCACCCGUUGUACGCGCUGCUCGAAGACUACGGGCGGGCCAGGCUCAAGUUGGAAACCGCCAAAACGGAAAUCGACGAGUCCAGGACCUCCUACGAGACGCACGUCAAUCACAUAUGGACGCUGGAACCGGCCAGGUACACCGAGUACGGAAAGUGCAAGGACGGCUAUCCCGUGUCGGCCACCAAAGAGUAUCAAAUAUCUAGGUUUAAUCAAAAGGCUCUCGACAACCUACUGGAGUCGCUGCAAAGGUUAAGAACGCUAGUCAACGGCUACUACGGAGUGCUUUACGACUGUCAAAUGAUCAAAGAGGAGAUUGACUAUUACUUGCAUUUGUUGUGUCGACCGUUUUCCACUAUAUCGGCAGACACUCCAGUUGGGCUGUUUUUCAACUCUGAUGUACGCAGUCCGGACGGUAAGAACCUUCAGCCGUGCAUCGAAAACCUCAAAGCCGCCGUAUCCGUCUUGUUCGUAUACCAAAGAAAACCGAUCAGAGACCAAGUGUUCGUGCAAGACACUAGACAACUGUUGCGAAAAGUCAUUGGCGUCUUGCUCAGAGUGGCCUCGUGGAAAGACCACGUGUUUAUUUUAAAUCACAUUUUGAGGUGUCCGUCCGGUGUCGGCAAAUGGGCCAGCGAUUUCGUUCAAAUACCGUUGACCGAUGCAAACUACUUGGACGGCAAUUUUCAUUUAGACUGCAUGAUAACGUCGUUGGCUGUCGUCUUGUUGCCCGUCCGGUGUCGAGAAAAUUUCCUCGAACAAGUUUACAAGAGCGAAGAAGUCAACGAAGCCAUCUGGGUGGUAGUGGACAGCGAAGGCGAAGACGAGUGUUCGGAAGACGGCCGGCAUUGUCUUCGCGAAAGUGAUAUCGUCGCCCUACUCAGUCAAAUACCGUUUUCGGCUCUUUUCAAGAAGAUGAUUUCCACACACGUUGCCGGCGACCAAGGGUUUCGCAUAAACCAAUGGGAUGAACCCGACCUGUUGAGACUGAUAGCCGUCGGCAGUGUUCUGAUUAAACUGUUCCAAACCGGGCUGAAAACGUAUUGCUCGAAGUCGGUAGAGUACAAGCAGUUUUCCAAAAGACUCGGACACCUGUUGCAGGACGUCGUUAACUACGUUACCGACACAUUGGAAGAGUAUACAUGUCAUAAAUACGUGUCGGCGAGGGUGCAAACGGAAUAUGACGCCUUUUUGGACCGUGCCGUCAAAUGUUUGUACGGAAACGUCGACAGGACUACGUGGCAAUACUUGGUGAUGUUACCUUUCAGUCACAUGUCUUCGCAAACUUCUAAAGAUUUAUUUCAAUACCUUCUACACAUCAAAUCAGAUCCCAGCGAGUGUUCGCUAGAAGAACUCACCGAUUGCGUCGCUAACUCAUCCGAUGACGAGUGCUAUUAUCUUCUGACAACGCUCAACAACAUGGCUUUGAGCAGAGACAUGAAAGACAUUGAAUUCAUUAGCUCGGUCACUACUAGUCUAUUCAAAAUCGGAUUUGUAAACAACUCGACCAAAGAGAAAUGUCAAAAGACUUGUCGGGCUCUGCUCUCGAAUCUUACCGAUAAGCAUCCGUUUCUAAUUUCUGAUAUCUUGAGCGUACUUAAAAAACAUAUUGAUGAAGUCGGUUCAGGAUCGAUGUAUCUUUUUAAAGAACUACCGUUGACGAGAUGGAGGCUAACUGCCGACGAUUUAUUGUAUGUUGAAAAUUUGAUAUUAAACAAUCCUAUUGCGUCGACACAAAAUACAUUAAGUCGUCAUAUACUCACAAAGUUGUUCUCAGAAUGUAACGAGACUGAUAUAAAUGAUUUGAUGUUGACUAAAGACAUGCACGGACGUAUCGCUAUCAUUGUUGUCAAAGCCGUUUUGAAACAUGCACCCAUCACAGUCGACGAAACUUCUGCACAGUAUUUAGUUCACAGUAUAAAACAACUGGUUCAAAUCAAAUCCAACGAACAAGCGUUUCGAAUUUGGGCAUGGAAAUUGUUGUAUUCUUUAAAGCUACACUUGAUGGACUUACCGAGCUUGAUCGUUCGAGGAUCACUGCAAGACAUAAGUCAUUACUUACUAUCGGUCGUCGAUAUUGAAACAAUUGACAGUGACUUAAAGUGUCUGCAGGCGGACGAUCCAAUUGCGCUGUAUACAGCCGUACACGUAACUACAGCUGGUCAUUGUGUACCAGUGAUAUUACACAAAGGGUUAGAUUAUUGUUAUAAGUUGCUGCAGUACAAACACUAUACGGCGUCGAUAGCGUGCUUGAAUGCAAUGGUUCCGUUCUUCUUUGAGCAAAACGAAUGUCUGCUGGAAUCGAAAAAGUUUUUGGUAAUAGUCGCCGGUAUACUGGCCGAUAAUCAGAGUAACGCCAAACGAGCUAUGAAUAUUUUGACCGUCCAAGGACCUUCCGAAGUGAUCGUACAGUUCAACAACAUGAUCCAGUAUCAGAUAUCCAACUAUAUGCGAUACGGCCUGAUGAGUUCACAUCCCGUGUUGGAAUUAUGGACCAAAGUCGUGUGUUCUAUUUGGAAGACAGCCGAAUCCGAUACGUGCGUUUACGUAUUGGACACUAUUUUUAAGAACGUUGUACAUUCUCAAUCGUUGCAAUGGGCUCGUGAACUUCUGGCCGAUCUCAUAAACCAAUUCAGCGACUUCAAGGAUAACGCCACAGCUAUUGGUUCGAUAUUCAAUUUCAUGUUUCAUAGUCCAGAAAAAAGACCUCUGUUGCUGCCAAAGUAUCCGACAGUGUUGUCGAACUGUCCUUACUACGCCGUGUUGGCGUUGGAAGCUGAAGAAUGGUGUGUUCAAAGCAGGAAUGAUGUGUGGAAACGUUUGUUGACCAAACUACAGUCACAACAAGGAAAAGCGAACAUCGACGACGCGCUCAAGAGAGUUUGUGCCGAAUUAAAGUUACCGUAUUUUUCGUCGGGCCAUCUGUCGUUGUACCGAUGGAUGCAGUAUGGCCUAGAGGUACCUUGCAGCCAUCCUACGGCGUUUAUUUACUGGCAGAAUUUCUUUCGGUUGUACUUACAACGCAUUCCCGGCUCUCAACAUCACGGCAGCGUCGGCCGUAAGUUUUUCGAAGGGAUCGUCAAUUCGUCGUACUUAAGCAAAAUCAACAACAAACUGAAAGAAUGCGCUGCGUUGCAUCGGCAAAAACUGCUGAGCGAACCCAAUUCCGAUAUAGAUUCGCGCUCGGCCAGAUUUUUCGAAGCGUGCAUUCUCUGGCUGACCGACGUCCGUCUGCUCGAACCCACCUUGUUCAUACCGUCUUUGGACUCGAUAUACGAACCCAGUGAAUUAACACAUAUCAUAAACGGCUCAAAUGAAUGGCUGCCACAGUUGAUUAAUAAAACGGCGAUCGAAGAAUCCAAAAUAGAGUGUUCGAAAAAUUGGAUCGAGCUGAUGGGCAAACACGUCCAAAGUGCUCCGAGGAUACAACGGAGAAACACGAUUGAGAAAGAUCCUAUAACAAGAAUCGUCAAUCGAUUGAAAACCUAUGAUCCCCCGUCGCCUAGUCCGGAGUUUACUCUGCGGCUGUCCGACGUCCAUUUGAUAACCAGCGACAUACUCUACCACAAUGAUCGUUUACUCAACGUUUUACGAAAUAAUAUCAAACAAAUAGUGGAGUUCAUCGACAACGUGUACAGAGUGCAUACGGUCCGGCACGACACGUUGGACAAUUGUUACGCAGACGGUAUCAAAGUGUUGUACAACCAAGUAGACUCCGUUAUACGGGUGCAAGCGGUUUGCGAUUCCAAAUUUAAAAGGGCCAAUAAAAUGACUGGCGUAAAAUGUGCUGGAGCGGCUGAAAUUUCGUUUCAAAUUCGUGAAACCAAAUUGAAUACGGACGUGCAAGAUGUUAUUGCCGAAAACAGAUCGGAACUGGAUCAGCUGAUUAGUAAGACUCUAGAACUUUCGUUGCCGUCGUCUUUGACCUGUGCGUGUACCAACCUAAACCUAACUACUCAGUUGUUAAUCAGCGAGAUCAGUACCCUAUUGAAAGUAGGAGACGUCGCUUUGGUCGCUGAACUUCGGUCUUCGGGAGUCAAAUUUUUUUACAUGCUCUUGUCGGAAUAUACGAUUUUAAAAACUUGCCCGACGAUUGAGAAGUUUGCGUUUGUCAUUUUACAAACUGUUGGCAAAGUUUUUAUUAUGAACAACGAAAACGAAUGUCUUCACAUCAUGAACAAAGCUUUGAGCUGUCCUGAAAUGUCGAACAUAGUAGUGCCGCUUUUUUGCCCGUCGUCCACGUCAACAAAAACAUUUAUAUCGGCUUAUACAAAUAUUGUACAACACUGCAACGCCCAGUACGAACCAAUCGCCAAAGAAUUGCUCACAAAGUUUGACGUCGCCGCCUGUCUGUCCACCAAGCAACCGCUUCUCCAAGAACGUUCCGUUUUAAUCGAUCAUUGUCUGAGCGCUUUGAUAAUGGUUAAGCAACAAACACGGACAGAUUAUACGAUGGCUGUUCAUGAACUCUUUAGCGAACACUUGUGCCGAAUAAUGGAUCACGACUUUCCAGAGCAUUACGGCGAAAUAUUGCUCAAGCUCUUGGAACAUUCCAAAGAAGGUCGUAUUUACACUCAAGUGUGGUUUUAUAUUCUCAAUACGGUGUUGGCCCAGGCCGUGCCUACAACGCAAACCAACUCGAAGAGAACGAUUUUACUGCCGAACAUGUCCGUCGUGCAAUUGAGAGACGUCGCCAGACGUUACGCCACCGACCAACGAUCAUUGAGCUCGCAACAACUACAAGAGACUCUGCAUUUGUUGACUACUCAUUUUUCCAAUGAAAGACUCAAAGCGGCUACCGGCGAACUCUACUCCCAGUACAACACAUACAUCGAGCCGUUGGUGUGCCUGUACGCAAUGGUCGGUCACGCUUUGAUCGUGGGCACGUUGCAAACCUACCGCGGAAUGUUGGCCAACCAGAUUUGCGAAUUCUUGGUGCCGGCCCUCGUUAGCAUGUUUGGUCCUUGGCUGGAACCAUGGUACGAGGGAUGGAAUGCCGACAACAGAUUGUUAAAAUUGCCGUGGUUAGCGACCGAUACGUCUGCAGCGGCAUUGAUGACCGACGUUCUCGUUGAGUGCAUUAUGUUCGUUCUGGACACUAUGCCGGCUUGCGAAAAUGUUUUGAGUUUCGUCUGUCAGUGGUACGUGAAAAUGUACGCUCACAUGCAAACCACGGAUUAUGUCUUCGAUACAAUACAUUCCGGUCUUGCGAAACUGUCGUGGCAACGUUUCAUACCCACUCCCGUCGACAUGGAUUUAAUCAUGAAGGUAAUGGACCAGUUUUUACCACAGUCGCAGAGUUUUUUGGCCAAUGUUAUUUUAGAAGUCCCGUGGCCGUACGUACCCAACAUUGAUUUACGGGUUUUGUUAUCGAUGUUCAUCAAACUUUCGAAUCAACCCAACAUGAGAAAGGACAGUAAAAUCAGACCGCUCUUGUUGGAAGCUCAAAAAUUAUCUUGGCACCAAAUCGAUGGAGAGACUUAUGAAAAUAUUCUCAGCUGGUUCACGUCAAAAUACGAUCCGUUGACCGUUCUCCAACUGACCAAUGAGGAAUGGUGCGGAACCGAUUCAGCGGUACUCGACUUGCUCAAGUCGGCGGCCGGUUACCACAACGCUGAUCACAACUUGCCGUACACCGAACCUAUGUCGUACAAGAGACGCAUAUUUAUUCGUGCUAUGGUAAGAAUGUUUGUGUCAAUGUCUUCUCGAUACCGAUCCAUGCUGGGCAGCCAUUACAAACACAUCAAGUGCUCGUUCAACCGUUUGUUGGACGAAACUGAAAUGGCGACCAAACACUGCGAAGAAGCCAAGUUGCUGGUCGCAGAGUUGUUGGCUUUGGUCAAUCAACCAACUGGCUCGGUGCUUUCGUCGUUGAUGCUGCAAACGAUUCAAGAAUGGAUCGCUCCAAGAAAAGCCGACAGUGCUGUGAUGAAAGGUAUGUUGAUGGCCACGUGGUCGAACGUCGCCGACCAGCAACACAAAGGCGACAUACUGGAAGCCUGUUUGACGGCGUGGUUUAGGAAUUCUGGAAACGAAGACCAGUUCAAAUGGGACAGUGCGAUGGCAUUAGUGCAACCGGCAGUCCGAUUGCACUAUCAGGGUUUGGCCGAAUCGUUAAUGUCUUCUGGCAAUAUACUCACUCUUUACGUGCUGGCUUCGAAAGAAUCACAAAACCGAUCACUGUACCCGGACUUACUAAGCACUUUGGUACAGUGUUUGGAGUCGGUCAAACCCAGUAACUUGUGUGAAAACAAACUGCCUCUGUUGUGGUCGUUGGCCUUGCAGUUGAGCACCAUCGAGGACGACUACACUGCCGACCAUUUGAUCAGAAUCGCUAAUGCCGCGACUCAGUUGGCGCUGCACAAACAGAGUUGGAGUUUAUUCGACGCCAUUCGAUUGCAAAAACAAACAAACAUCACUCCCAAGUGCAGAGUGUUGUGUCGUGCUUUGGCGGCUUUCAUUCACGCUCAGUUGCCGGAAAACAAAACCAGUCGCAGACAGUUCAUACGGCACCACGAAAACGCUCCCGGCGGAUUCUCCAGCAACGACAACGAUUUCGUGUCGUCAAUGGAAUGUCUGAAGGCGACGGCUGCGUUGGAAGCUCUGAAACAAGACCGACAGUUUGCCGACUGCAAUGUCGCUAUCGACGUGGCGAUCAAAGACAUCAAAGGGCCGCACAGCUGCAUGAAGAACGGCCAACAGUUUGUAAUCAAAUUGGCCAAGUGCUUGUACACCGAUAAUUUUAUUCAUCGUCUGGCCCCUGUGUGAUAUCUCUUGACUCAGGUCCUAUAAUUCGGCUGUGAUAAAAUAUUAUAUACUGUAAUUGAUAUUGGAUUUGUUUUUUUUUUUUUUUGUACUAUUAAUUUACUUUUCACAUUAACUUUUUAUUUGCCGCUUUCAUAUAAUAUUAUGGUUAUUUGUUAUUCGUUUAUAUUUGUAAUAUUAUUUUACACACACACACACACUAUUUUGUUAUAACGUUACGAUAUUUCGGUAAACCGAUA